AUGGGUCAUAAACCUGGGCUUGUUGAUUCACUAAUAAUUAUUGUCUGUUACACAUAUAUUUGCAGCCGGAAUAUUAAAUUUGCUUUGUUCGUUCUGCUGAUCGGAGUUGGCUAUGCCUCCAUUACUGAUCUUCAGCUCAAUUUUGUUGGAACAAUUCUCUCCCUUCUCGCCAUUGUUACAACUUGUGUUGGACAAAUUCUGACCAACACAAUACAAAAGAGGCUCAACAUCUCAUCAACUCAAUUGUUGUAUCAAUCAGCCCCUUUCCAAGCAGCUAUUCUAUUUGUAUCAGGGCCUGUGGUGGAUCAAUUCCUUACCAAACAGAGUGUUUUCGCCUACAAAUAUUCUCCUAUUGUUAUGGGAUUUAUAUUGUUGUCGUGUUUGAUUGCUGUAUCAGUGAAUUUCAGCACAUUUUUAGUAAUUGGAAAGACAUCACCAGUUACAUAUCAAGUGUUAGGCCACCUUAAAACAUGUUUGGUUUUAGCCUUUGGUUAUACAUUGCUACAUGAUCCUUUCACUUCAAGGAACAUUAUUGGAAUUCUUAUUGCCAUUGUUGGUAUGGGAUUGUAUUCCUAUUUUUGUGUCAAUGAAACCAAAAGGAAACAAGUUGGAGACCUUUCUUCUAUGACUCAAGUUAAAGAUAAAGAUACCACUGCACCACUUCUAGCUGGGAAAAAUGGCCACGUCAAAGAAAAUAACUCCCUUAUUUAAAUUUAGGGUUGAAGUGAAGAUGUUUUCGAACAAAGAAUUUUUAUUUUUAAUUGAGAGACAUUCCAUUGAAUAGAUGUAAAUGAUUUUUGGCUCAUAAAAUACCUUGCACCUUUGUUCCAAGAUUUGGUCAUUGCUAGAUUUGUAUUUUUUACUUCUUACACGUAGACAAAUGCAAUUAAGAAAAAUUCUUCUUUACAUCAUAUAUGGCCUAUUGUGUUUUA